GGCAGGCCUGACCCUUAGAGUUCCUGUCCCGUUACCUGGUGGCUAAGCUGAAUCCCACAACCAGGGAUUCCGAGGAAGCGAUGGCUGAGCAGCGCGACCACUGGCGGGCCAGACCUCCUGGGGCGGGGGUGUUGUUUCCAAACCUGGCGCCUUGGCUGAGUGCGUCCAGUCCCCUUGGAUCCUGCCUGGGGACUCAUCGCACUAGUUUGUGUGGGGUGCUCUGUGCUCAGGCCCCAGGCACUCACCCUGCCCCUGCACUGGGUCAGGGCGCUGGCAUGGAGCGCAGAAGCAGCCCACUGACCACACAUGUCCUGGACACCACCUCAGGGCUGCCAGCCCGGGGCCUCUGCCUCCGUUUGUCCCAGCUGGAGGACUCGGACCAGCAGUGGACAGUGCUGAGGGAAAGCUACACAGAUGCGGAUGGCCGCUGCCCUGGCCUUCUAAGGCCAGGCCAGAUGAAGCCAGGCACCUACAAGCUGUCAUUCGACACCGAGGGCUACUGGAAGAAGAUGGGGCAGGAGAGCUUCUACCCAUAUGUAGAGGUUGUCUUCAACAUCACAAACGAGACCCAGAAGUUCCAUGUACCCCUGCUGCUGAGCCCAUGGUCCUACACCACAUACAGAGGGAGCUAGAGCCAACCAGGGCAGGCCAUCUGCCCCCAACACACUCUGGCUGAGCCCAUCCAGCCCUUGACAGAGUGGACUCCUCGCUCAUCGUGGGGCACUGGGGUCACUGGCUUCCUGGGGGAGGUCCUUCCUGGGCCCCUGGAGCUUCUCAGGGCAGCUAUGACUCAAGUGUCAAUAAAGUCAGUGCUGGCAUCUGCAAA